UCGUAGAGCCUACCAACCAACCUUCCUGUGCUGAAUAAUAUUGUUAAAACUUGGAUGCGCGAAGCGCGCCUAAAUGAGAACCUGCAUUAAAAUAAACUGGUUCAAACGUUUUUUUUAUUUAUUUCUUCUACUAUCAGAUUAACAACAAAUUUUUCGAAAAAUAUCUGCCGAUAUUAAAGUUAACCAUACUUGGUAAUGAGAAUCUGAAAUCUGACACAUGUAAUAAGGUUAUAUGAGCAUGCGCAAAUUCAAAAGCACUUUGUCGGUAUUCUAAUUGGAAGAAUGCUUUUUUCAUGGCUGUGCGUACGUACAAUAUUUAUAAUUAAGUGUAAGCAAGUGAGCCUAAACGCUUUAGUAGUUUUAUAGUCUGCAGCGUGCAAUUAUGUCAGGUUGCGUGCGGGUGGCAAGUUUGUUUCCUUGGGCCGUAGCGAAAGUUAAUUAAUGAGAUGCUAAGCAGAUCACGUAAGCACUCAUUCUACACACCGGUGAUUUACAUCCGACUAAUCCCCGGCUUUCACUCGCUACUUUUACGUUUUAGACUGAAUGGCAGCUAUCACCCAGUGCAGCACUGUGCUCAUAGCAAUUUACACAGAUUGUUUAAAAUUAAAAGCUACCUUGAACCCAGCACAGUGAUUUGUCGCACAGAGCAAAUGUUAUCUGACUAAACUUCAAUGUUAGAGUUGAUUAUUGAUUGUAUACACAAAGGAUCCCCUAUGUAGACGUUUAGUGUUACUGUGUUGGAUGUGAAUUGAUAUAGCAAUUUUUUGCUUCCUCUCUGGCCAAGUGAUCCUUGAGACUGAGGUGUAAGGAGAACUUGACCGUGGCUCGGAAUUGAGAUUGGCUGAAUACUGUUUAAACUUAUCCGAUGGGCAACAUCAAUUCAUUAUCCACAUCCGCCGUACAUUUUCCGCGCUGCAAAUCUAAGUUUGUUGAUGAUGCUGCCGAGUCAGCCUGCAAAAGCGGCAACAACGCUGACCGGCAUUACAAGCGGCAUGCAGCUUUUAAGAAACAUAAACUCAGAGCUACGGCUAGUGAUAUUGUGGUUAUACAGAAACCGGCAACAUUUUACGAUAAUUGGCAAUGGUAUCAUUGUAAUCGAUCAGAUGAAAUGGUUGUAGAGGAUAGCUACCCGGAUAUCAGGACAGUUGCAAGGGAUUCAGUGCACUAUGAUCUCGACCCGACUGGCUUGCUGAUUACUCCACGCAAACCCCUUCCCCCCGGAAGAGAUAAUCCGGAUAUGCGCGAGUUACAUAGGGAACUUGCAUUUAACAAUAAAAUGGGCAUAAAUGUCUUGGGCCAAAAAAGUGAACUUCAAAAAGCCAUGGAGAAAAUGCGCGGACAGGUGACAAGAAAGCAGCUCGAAGAAGAAAAGAAAAAUCAGCGAUCCGAUUUAGAACGAGAAUUUGAAAAACGUGCGAUGCGGCUGAAAGAUUAUGAAAACGCGGUUGCAGCGGAACCGGCCAUACCUUACCAGCCGGUUGACGAAUUCCAUCGGAUGCACGCCAAGGUGGCCAAGGUAAAUGGCCGUUUUGCCUCGGCUACUUCAUGAUCAAAGCAUUACCGCAUUGUGGUCAAAACCGGCAGUGGAUAUAUGAUUUGUCUGACCACCAUCUUUAAUGCACCUUGAUGGAAAAAAUGUUGACAUGCAAAGUAGGCGCCGUAAUUUUUUGUUGAUCAUAUUUUUGUAGAAUUUUUGACAGCAGAACUACUGCGACAAUUCUGUUUCGUGGUCCCUUCCAUUGCGAUUUUGUGUCCAUAAUAAAUUAUUGACUUGUUAUUA